UAUUUAUCUAAUGUCACUCAAAGACUUUGAAGUAUUAAAAACAAUAGGCGAAGGGUCUUAUAGCAAGGUUUAUAAGGUCAAACGUAUAUCAGACAAUGAGAUUUACGCACUCAAAAAGGUGAAGAUCAACGGACUUAAAGAGAAGGAGAAAUAGGAACGCUUUCAACGAAGUCCGAAUCCUAGCUUCGAUCAACCACCCAAACAUAAUCGCUUACAAAGAAGCCUUCUUCGACGAAGCCCUAAACACCCUCAACAUCGUAAUGGAAUUCGCUGACGACGGCGACCUCGAAGAAAAGAUCAAGCAGAAGACGAAGAGUGGGGAUCAGUUCGAAGAGAAGGAAAUUUGGAAAAUUUUUGUACAGUGAUUGAAGGGCCUGAAGUGUUUACAUGCAGCUAAGGUUUUGCAUAGGGAUUUGAAGUGAGCCAAUGUAUUUAUGUGCAAGGAUGGUACUGUCAAGUUGGGAGAUCUCAAUGUUUCGAAGGUAGCUAAGAAUGGCAUGGUCAAUACACAGACUGGAACCCCUUAUUAUGCUAGCCCUGAAGUAUGGAAGGAUAAACCAUAUGAUGAUAGGUCUGAUAUUUGGUCAUUAGGGUGCGUUAUGUAUGAAAUAGCAACUUUAAAGCCUCCUUUCAGAGCUAAAGAUAUGAAAAGUUUGUAUAUGAAGGUCAUAAGAGGGUACUACCCAUCUGUUCCGACAAGAUAUUCGACUGACCUUGCAGAGGUGAUUCAAAAAUGACUCAAAACUUCACCAGUAAAGAGAGCAACUGCUCAUUCUCUGAUGGAAUCUGAUGAAAUUCAAGAGCAUAAGAAAGAGCUAGAUCAGGAUUCUCAGAUAAUUGACCAUAUUCCUGCCACUCUAAAUCUAUUAAGCACCAUUAAGUUGCCUCGUAAGUUACUAGAUAUCAAAAAGAGGUUGCCAAAGUCCAAUUACUGCACUCCAGUGAUUUCAAGGAAGAAGCUCAAUGACAUAAAGAUAGCAAAAGGAUUGCCAGAGAUUUUUGACACCUCCUUUUCAAGGUUGUCUUCCAAAAGACCCAAGCCUUCUGAGGCAUAUGACUGUAUUUCUAAUUCCCAGCACCCAAAAAGUAUUGAGCCUCCCAAGACUAUGAUCCCAAGUGCUAGGAAUAGAAUAUACAAGAGAAUGAUGAACCAGAACAGAAUCAAAGAUGUUGGAAAUGACUGUACCGAUAAGAUCAGGCUACCCAGAAUUCAGAGAGGGAAUCCAAAGAAUCAGCACCAUGGCUCAGUGAAUUACUCAUAUAGGUCUCUUAGCACAGAAAAGAGAGGAGUCUACCCAUAUAGCUAAGGCCUUGGCUUGUUU